AUGCCUCUCAUUCUCGAGCGCUCGUCUGAUGACGUUCCCAUCUGGGACCUCAAUCAGACCUCUGAAAAUGUCCCCGCCCACUUGCGCUCCUACAACUACAAGGAUAUUCUUCCUGACGGCAAGUACCGCUCAAUCGUCAAGCUCUUCCUUCAUUACCAGAGCCAGAGCCGCGAGGACUGGGCAGUUGCGACUGGCUUCCUCAUCCGUGAUGACCUCGUCGCAACAACAGGCCACUGCGCCUUCGAUCGCAGCUAUGAGCUGGGCCGCCUCAACGAAGUCAAGGUGUACCUUGGCUACUCGGGCCGUGGGAAUGUCGACAACCCUGAAGUCGAAUUCCGCACGGGCCAGAGCGUCGCCACCACGAACGAGUGGAACGAGGCCGAGCGCGUUGAGGCGGAUCUCGCAUUCAUCAAGCUCGACGAGCCCUUCUACAAUGUCGAGCCGAUUGAGUACAAGAACACCCCAGCCUCGGCCCGCAAGGUUAUUGGUGUCGUUGGAUACCCCGGCGAUAUCAGACAGGACGGUGAGCCAGGUGGUAGACUCCAGCAGGACUUCCAAGAGACUCGCUGGAAUAUACACCAGUCUGGCACGCAGACCUUGGAGUACACUAUUGAUCCCAAUGGAGGCAACUCCGGCUCCCCGGUCUUUGACGAAGAAGACAUGUGCUGCAUUGGCGUGCACACUCGCGGCGGCUCCAAGAACACCGCAACCGCCAUCGGCCCCGAGGGUUACAACUUCGAUGACUACAUUGAAGCCCUCGACCAGCACGUCGGUACCACCCGGCGCCAGUCCCUGCGCUCCCGCAUGCAGAACGUCGACGACGUUGCCGAGAUCCUCAAGCUGGCCAAGGAGUUUGACUCGCCCAUCUCGCGGGACAUUCUUUCCCCGGACUCCAGCCUUACCUUUGGGCAACUGGGUAUCCCCUCGGGCGCCAUUGCCCAUAUGGCUCUGAGCUCCGCCUCCAACGCCGUCCUCGAGAACGUCCGCACGGACAAGCAGAACUUUGUAAAUGACCACGCCUUCAAUGGCGUCGCCGAACGCGCAACCGUCGCUGAAGCGGCCCUUGUCGCCGUGCAGGAAAUGUCCCGCGAGCUCCGCCAGGAUGAAAACGUCUUCGCAAACAUGACUGACGUGGUCAAGAAGCUCCUCCCGACCGUGCAGCAAGCCGGCCCGGCCGUGGUCAACGCCUCGCUCGAGCCCCUCCUCCGGGUCGCCCUCGAUGAGGCCCGCAAGUCCGCGCAGGGUGGCCGAAACGCUCGCGCUGAGCCCAUCCCCUCCCUCCGCCACCAGGGCGUCGGCAGCCGCACCAAGCGCUCGCAGACCUCGAACCGCAAGAAGACCUCUUUCAUCGAGGCUGUCUCGGAAUCGAGCAGCGACCGCGCCCAGCGCUUCUUCAGCGCUCUCGCCUCCGAGGGCGUCUCUGACGACGCCGAGAUCCAAUGGCACAAGCUCGAGAUUCCGCGCGAUUUGCCCGCGACCAUCGGACCGCUCGUCGAGAGCGGCCAGGGCGGCCAGAUCGGUGGCAGUUGGUACAAGAAGCAGCAGCAGUAUCAGCAUCAACAGUAUUCGCGUGGUCAGCGCCUCUCGGUGCAGAGCUUCUUCGACAGCGACGAGCAACGCCUCACCGCCGAAUUCCUAGCUCUACGCGCAGCCGUCUCCGAGGCUGCACUCCAGGCCAUCCUCAAGAUCCCCGAGGAGGCGCUCGAGCAGGAAGGUCUGCUAGAGGUCAUGCGCGAGGUGAUGGAGGGCUACGGCCCGAUGAUCCUCAAGGUCGCACCCGGCGUCAUCCGGCGCGUCUCGCCGGUCUUUGUGGCAAUCGCCAACGAGGCCGAGGCCGGCCGGCAGACUGGCUUCCAGCAGCAGCGCCAGCGGGGCGCUAAGGGGGCGACCAAGGGCGUCACCAAGGGGAUGGCGAGGAGCAUUGCCAAGGGCAUGACCAAGAGUCUGGCCAAGACCCAGCCGCAGGUUUCAACGGCUGAGCUGGACUUUUUGGAGGCGUUUUAG